GGCCUGGCGGAGUCCUCGCUUCCUCCCUCCCUCUGGGUGGGAGGGGUUGGGGCUUUGACGUCACGGCUGUCAGUGUCAGCACAUGGAGGCGCAACUGGGCUGAGCGCGGAGGGAGGGAGCCAGGGAAAAGAAGGCAGGAAGGCGGAGCGAGGGAGCCUCGGAAAAGCGCUGCGGGGCUGUCGGACGGAGGGUUGCCCCUCUUUUUGCACUCCUCGCUCUCUCUCGAUCUCCUCCUCUCGGCCGUGCUGCUGCCAAAGGGGGCUCCAGAGGGCAAGAGGACGGUCCCGCUUCGCCUGGAACCGAGGAAGCAUUGAGGGCAUCUUCGCGAGAAGACCGAUCCUUUCCCUGGAAGCUAUGGCUCGGCCCCUCGCCUUGAACCCCUCUUUCCUGCCUCCGACUUACGGAGUGCUCAAGUCGCUGCUGGAGAACCCGCUCAAGCUCCCGCUUCAGCACGAAGACGCUUUUUAUAAAGAGAAAGACAAAGAAAAAAAGUUGGACGAUGACAGUAACAGUGCCACUGUCCCGCAGUCGGCUUUCCUGGGCCCGACAUUGUGGGACAAGACUCUUCCAUAUGACGGUGACACUUUCCAGUUGGAAUACAUGGACCUGGAAGAGUUUCUCUCAGAGAAUGGCAUUCCGCCCAGUCCAGCCCAGCACGACCACAGUCCUCACCAGCCCGCUCUCCAACAAGCUACCUCAGCAUCACCCCCUUCGGUGGUGGACCUCAGCAGCAGAGCAUCCACAUCGGUCCACCCAACCAUGGUUACUCAAAACUGCAUGCAGAGUCCAGUCAGGCCAGGCCAGAUCUUGCCUACAAACCGCAACACCCCAAGUCCCAUUGAUCCAGAGACCAUUCAGGUUCCAGUGGGGUAUGAACCCGACCCUGCUGAUCUCGCCCUCUCCAGCAUUCCUGGCCAGGAGAUGUUUGACCCUCGUAAGCGCAAGUUCUCUGAGGAAGAGCUCAAGCCACAGCCAAUGAUCAAGAAAGCCCGUAAAGUUUUCAUCCCAGAAGACCUGAAGCAGGAUGACAAAUACUGGGCAAGACGCAGAAAGAACAACAUGGCUGCCAAGCGAUCCCGUGACGCCCGGAGGCUUAAGGAGAACCAGAUUGCUAUCCGCGCCUCGUUCCUCGAGAAGGAGAACACAGCACUGCGCCAGGAGGUGGCCGACCUACGGAAAGAGCUGGGCAAAUGCAAGAAUGUCCUUGCCAAGUACGAAGCCCGGCAUGGCCCUCUGUAAAUGGCAUCCUCCUCACUUCCCUUUCCAUUCGUUCCUCUCUUCCCCUUCCCUUCCUUUCCUCCCCACCACUGCCUUUUUUUUUCUUUUUGGUGAGUUGACAUUUGAUGAAUAGAUGGACAGUGUGUUUCCUCUUCAAUAGCACCACACCCAAACCAACCUUUCAGUCAUCAGCACUUUACCGGAACGCAGAAACAAGAAAACCAAUGUACAACUUUUUGUUUGUUUGUUUGUGUGUGUGCGUGUGCAUGUGAAUGGGUGGGACGGGACGGGGAGGGGAUGUGUGUAUGUGUGUGUGGGUGCAUGUGUAUCUCAGCACUUUCCUUUUUUUUUGUAUGAAACCCUCAAAACAGGGUGGCAUAUUCCACUUGGAUAACUGAGAUAUGCCACAGUUAAGCUUUUUACUACAUAAAUAAAUAUAUAAAGAUAUAUAUGUAUAUUUUUCCCACUGCUGCUUCAAAGUAGGUUGUUUUUUUUUAUCUUGCCAUCCUCUCAAUCUUACUUGGGGAAGAAUUGCAAAAUACAAAAAAUUAAAACAAGCCUCCCCAGGAUAAAUAGAGGAGAAACAAGAAAAGAGAGAGAGAGAGAGAUCUCUUUUCAAGCUGUUGUUUAAAUACGCCUAAUCAGAAAAUUUUAACUUGCUAAUACAAAAAUGCACAAAUGAUAUUUUAAUGCUACACGGCAGAAAUAUUAAUUUAUAGACUGGCUUCCCUUUUGUCGGUUUCUUUCUGUGUCCUUAUGUUUUGGUAAUAAAAUGUAUUUUCAGAUUCAUACUGCUGUCAGUAGUUCUCCAGCUGGUAGAUCUCAGAUGGAACAGCUAUGUUUCCUCGUUGCCAUGAACCCUGAAAUAAAUUGAAAUGAGUACUACAGACAGAUCACAAGCAAGCGGGUGGGUUGUUUUUGAGAGGUUUUUUUUUACCCAUUGCCUGAACUGAAGCAAUAAUCCUAAUGUACACUGGUGCAUGUUGACUGUGGUGUUCCUGGUGGACAAAGGAUGACUUCACUACCUACCUAAUCAAAUAACUUUUAACGGUUGAGUUUUUGUUUAAACAAAACUUGGAAAGACUCCUUGAUAGGCUACUUUAAAAAUUCCUGAAAGCCUGAGGGGAGAAAAGCCUUAACUCCAGAGUUUUUUGCAUGGCCAGCCCAAGCUUUUUCUUCCCUUAGGCACAUUUAAAUUUUUUGCAUCCGUUUGCAUUUUCUUCUUAUGCUGAACACAAUUUUAAAUUAGGAACUAUUCGCCAGGACUGACAUUUCUAAAAAUGUCAUAAACUCUGUCUAUACCUCAGGGAAUCACCGGAUAAACUCCUGAGCUGCAGGCAAGGUUAAAACUCAGGAUGCAUCUACAUUAUAGAAUGAAUGCAGUUCGACAUUAUUUUAAGUGCCAUGGCUAAAUGCUAUGAAAUCCUGGGAACUGUACUUUGGUGAGGCAUCAGCUCUCUUUGACAGAGAUACAUUGAGUCAUGGCAAUUAAAGUGGUAUCAAACUACAUUCAUUUCUGGUAUGCUGGGCUCCUCCAAAAGUGCAAGUUGUGGUAAUUGGAAUAAAUCAAGCUGCCCUCAAUUUUGGGCACCAUCAAACGUUGUCUACCUUUGCCUUGAUGUGAAGCCAACUUUAGUGACAUGUUGCUGCUGGAUUUGCUGAUUUCCACCAGCUUCCUUGGAGCCCCAGUGGCGCAAUGGGUUAAACCCUUGUGUCAGCAGGACUACUGACCUGAAGGUUGCUGGUUUGAAUCCAGGGAGCUCCCCAUGCAGGGACAUGAGAGAAGCCUCCCACAGGAUGGUAAAACAUUAAACAUCUGUGCGUCCCUUGAGCAGUUUCCUUGCAGAUGGCCAAUUCUCUCACACCGAAAGCGACUUACAGUUUCUCAAGUCUCUCCUGUCACAUACACACACACACACACACACACACACACACACCUCCCUUUUUCAGAGGGGUGGGCAACUUGGACCUUCUAGACAUCAUUCACCUUCUAGACAUCUUUCACCUAAAACUCUCAUUCAUGUUUCCUGGUUUUCCAAAGAGCCAUAAGAGGAAACUAAAAUUAGUGUUGUGCCUAACUGACAGUGAGGUAGUAGCUGUUAACAAGUUUGUUUUAUACCGAAAUACCAAAAGGAAAGCAUUGAUUUCAGUUCCCUUAGGCAUGUAUUUCAAUGUAAAAUCAACACUGCAGUUUCUGAAUUAUGGCAGCACUAAGGCAACUCUAUCAUGGGGUUCUCAUUUUCCUACUAAUAUGAUAAGUAUGACUAGAAGCAUCUCGAUUUAUCAAUGGGUCAUAUCAAAAUGUAUAUUUUUGCACCCAGAAUCUGUCCUUGGCUUGAGGCCAAUGUAUACAUGAGUAUAUAUAGUAGUCUAUAUAAAAAGGAAACGCUUUGUAAUCUCCAAGUAGGAGACAUCCCAUAUAAUAUGGGGCACCAAACAGUCCUAUAAGUACAAGCUUUUCAACUUUCAAAUAAGGCCUGUCCCUUAUAAUAAGAGACAUGUGAUAACCCACUUCCCAUAAACAUGAGGGAUGAUGGAAAUUGCAGUUUGGCAAUGUCUGAAGGCUAUACUUGCCUCUCCAUUGCUCUGACAGAUGAUGGUCCAGAUACAUCUACCCAUACUGAUCCCAUUAGUAGGAAAAUGAUAAAGUAGCCUCAGUCCCUCCAAUGCACUUCUCCGAUGGUCCAUUUGUGUCUAUGGGUGUGAGGAUGUCGUUCCUAGGUCCAGGUGACAGCAAAUACAUGAAAGAUAUCUCGUUAGCAAGAGAGCAAAAUGAAAAUAUUCAAAUGAACCAUGAAAAGGGUUUUAUUUUUAUUCUUUUUGUGUCAAUCCACAUUCACAUUUCCCAAAGUCCUGGUUUUGUGAUCCACGUUUUUGAACAUUUCUGUAAUAUGUUUUCUGUGGACUCCUCCUUGGUUAUUUUUCCGUGUUACUCAGUCAGAAGUUUAUUUGCCAUUUCCCUUUUCCUUGCAAUGUUGUUUUGAUUGUAUCAUGAGCUGGUGGUUCUUGAGCUUUUUUCCUGUUGUUUAGCUUUUGAUUUGCUUUCUAAACUUGUGUUAUAUUAUAAAUUGGAAUAUUUUUGUGGGGGUAGGGAAAAUGAAUGUAAGAGUUUCAGGUAUAUAUUGAAAGGUGAUGGUGUUGUUGUACUGUGGUUAAUCCAAUCCAUAUAAAUAUUUUCUGAAGACCAAAAGAAACUGAUUAUUAUAAAAUGUAUAAAGUUAUACAGAAAUCAUUGGAGAUUGUUUUGUUUUGUUUUUGGUACAGUAUUUUUCAAGGACAAACGCUGACUCUGUAUUUUGGUGAAUGAGAGUAUAUGAGAACUGCAGGCAUGCAACAGAAGAUAUAGAUAUUCUAUGUUUAUAGAAAGAAUAAAGAUAUAUUCCUAUAGAGUUAUUAAUAUUGUACAGAAAGAAAAUGCUUCUAGUUAUAUUUUCCCCCUAUAAAAUCUUCUCUAUUUUCUGCUAACUACUGACACAUUGGCACUGUUCAGGGUGCAUCUGCAGUAUAGGAUUAAUGCAGUUUGAAACCACUUUUAACUGCUGUAGCUCAAUGCUGUGGAAUCAUGAGAGCUGCAAUUUGGUGAGGCAUCAGCACUCUUUGAGAGAGGGGGCUAAAGAUUUUCCAAAAUUUCAACUCCCAUUAUUCCAUAGCAUUGGACCAAAGCAAUCAAAGUGGUGUGAAAUUGCAUUAAUUCCACUGUGUAAAUGCAUCCUGUCUUUUAAACUGGCAAGUCUGUAUCGGUGCAGGGACUCCCACUCACAUAUAGAUGGAUCAUACAGUACUCCAAAAAUGGAUUUACUUGCUAUAAUCCUCAAUACACUAUGACCCCUCCCCAUAUCCAUGGGUUUUACUUUCUCAAACUUUGCAUGGAUAUAUAUUUUUUUGUGUCAGGAGUGACUUGAGAAAUUGCAAGUCGCUUCUGAUGUGAGAGAAUUGGCUGUCUGCAAGGAUGUUGCCCAGGGAAUACCCAGAUAUUUUGAUGUUUUUACCAUCCUCAUGAGAGGUUUCUCUCCUGUCCCCGCAUGGGGAGCUGGAGCUGACAGAGGGAGCUCAUUCUCUCCCCCGGAUUUGAACCACCAACCUUCAGGAUAGAUGAAACCAGGGAUAAUAGCAAACCACCAGAGGACUUUGGAAAUGCAUAGAAAGGACACAUUUUGUCAGUUCAGCAAUACCUGAAGGUUAUAUUAUGACAUAAUCCUCCAAACAGCUCAAAGAUGCUGCUGCCCUGAAGAGUUAAGGGGAAUCGUAUCUCUGCUGAACCCAAAUAGCCCCAAUAUGAGGAGGCGGUUGUUCCCAUCUGGACAUGCUUGUUGUUAAGAGCUGUCAAAUUGACUACAACGUAUGGUGACCCCAUCAUGGGGUUUUCUUAGCAAGAUUUAUCCAGAAGGGUUUGCCACUGCCUUCCACCAAAGAUUAUGACUUGCGCAGGAUCACUCAGUGGGUUUCAGUGUCCAAGGGGGGAUUCAAACCCUGCUCUCCCAGCGUCCUAACCCAACACUCCAACCACUACACCACAAUGGUGCUCUCUUGUAUCCCAAAUAUUUGAAAAAACUAAAAUGGUUCAUCAGGAUCCUUCAUAUUUCUAAUAAAUAAAUAAUUGUUUUCCUUCA